CUCCACGAAGGCAGUUCUAAGAAAUGGAGGCAAUAGCAGUGGUCAUAAUGCAAGGUAAAAUCUUCGAUCACACAUAACUUGAAGUAAUACUGUAUGUUGAUGAAGUGUUUUCAAAUGCAAAUAAGUUGAAUUGUGUUACCAAGAUCUGAAAUGGCAACAAACAAAUCAUUGUUUAUGAACGGCUUCAAAGAAGACUGCGAACAAUUAAUUACUCGGUUUGAACGUGCAGAUAACAUUAGAUUUGAAACUUUUUGCGAUAUCUGGAAAGCAAUGAAGUUUUCACUGGUCUUUGUGGGCCGUCCAUCCUUUUUGGAGCUAUUAGAAUUUUGCGAAGAAGCAUUACAUAUAUGUAAACAAUUUAUUCUUCUACCCCCUCGUUUUAAAGAACGUAUUGGAGGAUUAUAUCUUUUAUAUGGAGUAUACUUCAAAAUGCCAAUAGAUCAAUUUAGAAUUAAAAUUAAACUAGAUGAUUGGAAAAGUAUUCUGGAACUUCAUGCAGAAAUAAAAGAAGCAGAACAUUUAGAUGCUAAUUAUAUAUUGUGUAAACUAAUUGCAAGUAAUGCAUUUCAUUUCUGUCUUUUUGAUUCAGAGUAUGGUAUGGAAAAACCAUAUAUCGUAAAGAAUUCACAGUGUUUUAAUCCAUAUUCUAUAUUACCAACACUAAAAGAUUUAAGUGACAAGAAUCAAAUAUUGUCAAAAAUUAAUGAACUUAGUAAAGCUUAUGAACAGAAAAAAGAAGCAUCAAAAUUAAUAAAUCUAUCAGAUGCUAGUUUAAAAUUAUUCAAUUCAAAUAUAGCACAGGAAAUCAUUAAUGAUAUUCAAGAGUUUGAAGAACAGAGAAGGGAUCAACAGAAAAAUACAAUUGAUUUUGAAAAACCAUCUUGUUCUACUUUAAAAGGACAAUCUUCAAACGAGCAUACAAAAUUUCAAUUAAGAGGGCCUGCCAAACGCAAAAUGCGACCAUUAAUUGAUGGUAUUGAACCUGAAAGUGAAUCUGAAGAAGGUGAAGUAUUAGAAAGUGAUGAUUCAUAUUCUGAGUUACCAAUAGAUUCAUAACAGCAAAGAAGAGAAGAAGAUAUGAAGUAUACAUUUUUCAUACGUAAGUGUAUUAUUUUAUAAUAGUAUGGAAUACAGUAUGCGCAUGUUCAUAAUUUAUGUAAAAAGCAUAACAACUAAAUGAUAUUUGAUAAAUUAUUUUUUAUUGGGAAGUAUACAAAAUAAGUACAAGGAACAAGUCAGUGGAAAUAUCAAUCAUUCUAAAUUUUAAGAAAACUUUUUGUAGAAUAUAUUGUACUCUACCUUACUGUAACUGUGUUUUGCACAGACUUUAAGUAAAGACAAUUCAAUUAAA